AUAUAUAUAUAUAUUCCACGCAUUUUGCGCAUCCAAAUCUGCAACUAUAUUCACCUACACAAUGGAGAGCACUUGGUUCUUCCUUGUCUACGCUUGUUGUAUGGCGGCUAGCUGCUUAACUACAGCAGCACAAACCAACAUUAGCACAGACCAGUCUGCUCUUCUUGCUCUCAAAGCCCAUAUCACCAGUGACCCUCAUAACUUGAUCUUCACCAACUGGUCAACCAAUACUCCCGUUUGCAACUGGGUUGGCGUUACCUGUGGUGCGCGCCACCUUAGAGCCACAGCCUUGAACCUCUCCUACUUUGGUCUCCAAGGCAGUAUUCCUCCACAGCUAGGCAACCUAUCAUUUCUUGUUGAUAUUGACUUGAGAAAUAACAGUUUCCAAGGUCCUUUGCCCCCAGAAUUGGCUCGUUUGCGUCGAUUGAAGUUCAUUAGUUUCGGAUUCAACAAAUUUAUGGGAAUCAUUCCGACAUGGUUUGGGUCCUUAUCCAAACUUCAAACCUUGUCUUUGUACGGUAAUAAAUUUUCAGGUUCCUUACCAAAGGCCAUCUUCAACUUAUCAGCACUUGAAGUAAUUAGUUUGAGCUAUAACCAGCUAUCAGGUAGUAUACCGAGAGACAUUGGAAAUUUAACAACGUUGAAAAAGAUCUACCUUGAUGAUAAUAAUUUUAUGGAAAUUCCAAAUGAGAUCAGUGCUUUAACUCAACUGGAGAAGUUGGCUGUGGAAGAAAACGCCCUAGAAGGAAAUGUUCCUAUGGUUGUCUUCAACAUGUCUUCUUUGAUUAUUUUGACUCUACAUGGAAACAACUUGAAGGGUAGACUUCCAGACAAUAUGUGUCAGAAUCUUCCUUAUAUUCAAGGGUUGUAUUUCAGUCAGAACAAGCUUGAAGGUCCACUUCCAUCCAUAUUUUGGCAAUACAAACAACUUGUUGAUUUAGCAUUGUGGCGUAACAACUUCAGUGGAAGCAUACCCAAAAAUAUUGGGAAUGCAACCCAGUUAAUGCAGCUUGAUCUUAGCGAAAAUAAUUUAACAGGUACUGUACCAUAUGAGAUUGGUCAUCUUUCAAAUUUAGUGACAUUGAAGCUCACUGCUAAUAAUCUGAAUGGCCUCCUCCCAACCACAAUCCUCAAUAAUUCCACAAUAGUGGGUAUAGAUCUAGGUGAGAAUCAGCUCUUAGGGAGCCUCCCAACAAACAUAGGUCGCGGGCUUCCAAAUCUACAAUAUCUCUUCCUACCAGCAAAUAAACUGAGUGGAGUAAUCCCCAAAUCCAUCUCCAAUGCUUCUCAACUCGCAAUCCUAGACAUGGGAUAUAACUUAUUCUAUGGUUUUAUUCCCAGCACGCUAUGUGCCUUAACAAACCUUCAGAUUCUUUCUUUAUCAGAGAAUAAUUUAACUCUUGAAACUACUACUCCGGAACAAAAUGUUCUCUCUUGCUUGAAAAAUCUUAAAAAUUUGUGGCAGUUAGUCUUCUCAAGCAAUCCAUUAAAUAUCAACCUCCCUAUUUCCUGCUGGAAUCUCUCUACAUCACUUCAGGAGGUUUAUAUGUCCAACUGCAACAUGAGAGGUAACAUUCCCAAUGAUAUAGGCAACUUGAGCAGCUUGACCAUCUUAGCCCUACAUGACAAUAAAUUAAGUGGAUCAAUCCCAACCUCAAUUGGAAGACUACAAAAUCUCCAAGGUUUGGAAUUGGGAGAUAACAAAUUGCAAGGACACAUUCCGGUUGAAGUUUGUCGACUACAAAACCUAGCAAUCUUAGAGUUGGGUGGUAACCAACUAUCUGGCUCUAUACCUUCUUGCUUGGGUCAUCUAGUCAACCCACUAAGAAUUCUAUCAUUAGGGUCCAAUUUGUUGAAUUCCACAAUACCAUCUAUCCUGUGGGAACUUACAGAUAUCUUGCAUGUAAACUUGUCAUCCAAUAAUCUAAGUGGAUCUGUCUCGGAAGAUGUUGGUAAUCUGAAAGUUGUCAUAAAUAUAGAUUUAUCAAACAACCACUUAUCCGGUAGUAUACCAAGCAGCAUUGGAAAUUUACAAAGCUUGGUCAAUCUCUCCUUGGCGAAUAAUAAGUUCGGAGGCCUUAUUCCUAGUUCACUUGGCAAGUCCCUCAGCUUGGAACUUUUAGAUUUAUCCAAAAAUAAUCUGUCUGGAAUAAUUCCAAAGUCACUCGAAUCUCUAAAAUAUCUCAAAAUUUUGAAUUUGUCUUUCAACAAACUCCAAGGAGAAAUCCCAAUAGGUGGGCCUUUCCGAAACUUAUCUGCUCAAUCAUUUGUAUCGAGUGGGAGACUUUGUGGUGCACCUCGAUUUCAUGUCCCAUCAUGCAAUAAUAGUACAUUUGAGGCACAUUCAACUAAAGCAAGCAUAUCCAACUUGAAGUACAUUAUACCAGUGAUCUUGUCAGCAAUGUUCAUGGUUACCUCCAUUUGGAUAGUGAAACUACGUAGAAGAAAGAAUGUGGAAGCUGCAAAAGAGACAGCAUUGUUACCUCAACCUCUAUGGAGAAGAGUUUCACACCAGGAACUUGUUAAAGCAACAAAUGCAUUUGAUGAAAUCAACUUACUUGGCAGUGGUGGUUUUGGCUCAGUAUAUAAAGGAACAUUUUCUGAUGGGAUAAAUGUGGCCAUAAAGGUUUUCAAUUUACAGCUAGAAGGGGCAUUCAAGAGUUUCGAAAUUGAGUGUGAAAUGCUAGGCAACAUUCGUCAUCGAAAUCUUAUCAAAAUCAUCAGUUGCUGCAAUCAAAUUAAUUUCAAAGCCGUGGUACUGAACUACAUGCCUAAUGGGAGCCUUGAGAAGUGGUUGUAUUCUCAAAACUUUUGUUUGGAUAUCCUACAGAGAUUGAGUAUUAUGAUUGAUGUUGCAUCAGCAUUAGAAUACCUUCAUCAUGGUUAUGAAAUACCAAUCGUCCACUGUGAUUUGAAGCCCAGCAAUAUCCUACUGGAUGCGGAUAUGAGUGCACAUAUUGCUGACUUUGGCAUUGCAAAGCUCUUGUAUGGAAGAGAUUCGAUGACCCAAACCAUCACUCAAGCCACAAUUGGAUAUAUGGCCCCAGAGUAUGGAAUGGAAGGAAUAGUUACUAGAAGAGGGGAUGUGUACAGUUUUGGCAUCGUAUUAAUGGAAACAUUCACAGGAACGAAGCCAACAGAUGAGAUUUUUGAUGGGGAAAUGAGUUUGAAGCAAUGGAUUGCAAAUUCACCGUUAAUUGAUGUUGUGGAUGCCAACUUACUCGGGACAAAAGCAGAGGAUCGUGAUUUUGUGAAGAAUAGCGAGUGUUUGUCAUCCAUAAUGAGAUUAGGUCUAGCUUGUUCCGCAGAAUCACCGGAAGUGAGGAUGAAUAUGCAAGAGGCUCUAGCCACGCUGAACAAGAUCAAGAUCAAGUUUUUGAAGGACGCUGCCGGAGGUGUGGUGUUGAACCGUUCUCUUGUUUAACGUCCCUUUUUUUUAUGGAUAAGCAUAUAGUCUUGGUCUUUGAUUCAGUCCUUAAAUGAUGCUACUGUAUGAUUAGUGACCUGAGUAAAUGAUGCCCCUCCAACUUUCUUUCUGGUCAAAUUAUCAAUUUGUCAUAACAUGGGUAAAAGCUUGACAAGCAAAAUUAAGAGAGGAAGAGCAAGUAGCAACUAUUGGUUCACAUUGCUUUCUCUUAAGUUCAAAUAGAGCUGUACCACCAACUUCAGCCAUAGGCAUUAAAAUUUAAAAUGAGCCUCAGGCCAAGAAUAACAUGG